ACGUUAGCACAUAGCAACAGCGGAGUAGAUUUGUUGAAGAGAGAUCCUCGCCUAGGGCUCCAAAUAAUCAUCUGCAGAAAACAAUUCUUUACAAUAUAUACAUACAGAAUUACACAGACAUGAGACACGCACACCGUUAUGUACGCAUAUAAGUAUUUCUACAGAAUCCACAGCACUCUCAGUCGCCGGACUUUGCCUUUCGCCGGAGCCUCUUCUUGACCGUCGCUAGCUCAUAUCGGCCGUCAUUGUGUCACAAGUCAGGACUAGAAAUGGUGAGAACUGUGAAGAGUCACCAUGAAGGGGAUGAAGAUGACGACAUGGAAUUUUCUUCCAGAACUCUUGAUGGUUCCCUUAAAAUGGAAGGGAGGCACAGUGAUCCGAAGGCAAACACACUUCGGUCCAAGCAUUCUGAGACAGAGCAGCGCCGGAGGAGCAAAAUCAACGAGAGAUUUCAAACUUUGAGGGAUAUCAUACCUGAGAAUGAUCAGAAGAGAGACAAAGCUUCAUUCUUGUUGGAGGUUAUAGAGUACAUCCAGUUUUUAAAGGAGAAGAUACAGAUUUAUGAAGGACCAUACCAAGGUUGGAGUCCAGAGCCCUCAAAGUUGAUGCCAUGGAGAAGAGCUUCAGGGCCUGUUGAAAUCUUCACUGAACAGUCUCAGCUGAUCAGGAAUGGCUCUGCUCAUGAGGACAAUAUUGUUGUGAACUCAAUGUUACUUGCUAAUGCACAUGACUCCGUAGAAUCUGAUUUGAAUGGUGCUGCCGUUUAUAAAACAAUGGAUGAAUCUCAUACCGUAAUUAAUGAAGCAAUCCCCUUCAACAUACCACUGCAGCCAAGUUUAUUUGAUGGUGUAUCUGUCCAACCUUCUCAUGGAUCUUCUUCCUACACCGAUCAGUUGGCUUCUCAGGCACAGUUAUUUGAUUGGGCUGAUAAACAAGAAGAGACUCAGUCUGAUGUGCCAAUCUUUGAUCAGAAUGACCAGGAAGAGCUAAAAACUGAAUGUGGGGAAGAUAGCCUCUCAAUUGAGUACUCUCAGAGGGUGUUGAAUACCUUAAACCAGACAUUGGUAUCAAUGGGAGUGGAUAUGUCACAGGCCAGUGUUUCAGUAGAACUUGAUAUUGGUAAACGCACGAGUAGUGAAACAUCCAUUUCUGCAUUAGGUGGUUGCGAGACUUAUGAUCAUGCUCAUAAAAAGCUUAGAAGAGAACAGAGAUAAUCUGGAGUUUUAUCCCCUCCCCGCACACAUCCUUAAUCUCCCGUGUCUCACAAUUUUCCAGGUAGACUAUAGAGUUAGUCAGCACCGCUCUGAAUGUACAUGCUAUUUCCCUUUCUUCUCCUGGGCUGCCAAAGUUUUCUCAAAAUAGGUUUAUAGGUUAGACUUAUUUUUAUAAAUAUUCUAUGUACAAAAGGAUGGAUUCCCUUUAAAUACAAGAUGCCGUAUUUCUCUUU